AACUCCCCUGGGGUAGUUGUGAGGAUUAAAUUCAGAGAUAAAAACGAUUUACACUCCCGCGUGAGCCUAAGGUGACGCUGACGCGGAGCGCCUUGCACACGCGCAGAGGGGAAGGUCGAGGCGGCGGUGCAAGGGGUGAAGGCGGAGCCAUACCUUGGGCCUGAGACUUAAAGGGCAAAGAAAGGGCGCCGGGCACUCACCUGGGGCCUGUCCCACUUCCUUUGGUUCUGAAUCCCAAGCCCUUGGAAGCGUUUGCCAGCGGAGGGAAAGGACAUCCCACCCUCCACGACCCCCACCCUGCGUCAGCCCCGCUGUGGUCCCCGCGGUGCGACUAUGCCCCUUUAAGAGCGCCGGGGGUGGGUAGGCCCGAGGUCGCGGCGUGCGCUCAGCCUGCGCCGCAUCCCCUCGCGGAGCUGCUCGGCCAUGGCGCUGCGGGUCGGCCUGACCCUGGCCCUGGGCGCGGGGCUGGGUGCGGCCGCCGAGCACUGGAGGCGGCGAUGGGCAGACGCGCAGGCGACGCCGGGGCUGCUGGGGCGGCUGCCCGUGCUGCCCGUGGCGGCGGCGGCCGAGCUGCCUACCGUGCCCGCUCUGCCUGGGGGACCGGCGGGUCGCGGGCCUGGCGAGCUGGCCAAGUACGGGCUGCCCGGCGUGGCGCAGCUCAAGAGCCGAGAGUCGUACGUACUGUGCUACGACCCGCGCACCCGCGGCGCGCUCUGGGUGGUCGAGCAGCUGCGGCCCGAGCGACUCCGCGGCGACGGCGACCGCCGCUCGUGCGACUUCCGCGAGGAUGACUCGGUGCAUGCAUAUCAUCGCGCUACCAAUGCCGACUACCGCGGCAGCGGCUUCGACCGCGGCCACCUGGCUGCUGCCGCCAACCAUCGAUGGAGCCAGAAGGCCAUGGACGACACCUUCUACCUGAGCAACGUCGCGCCCCAGGUAGCGCUCACGCCCUAGACCGGGCUGCGGAACGCGGGGCCAGCGUCUCGAAGCAGCCUUGGGUCCAUCCAGGACCCUUGGUCAUUUACACCUGGGUCUGCCCACAGGACGGAGGCCGAUGGGAAGUCCUAUGUAAAGUACCAGGUAAUUGGCAAGAAUCACGUGGCAGUGCCCACACACUUCUUCAAGGUGCUGAUCCUGGAGUCAGCGGGUGGACAAAUCGAGCUCCGUUCCUAUGUGAUGCCGAACGCACCCGUGGAUGAGGCCAUUCCCCUGGAGCGCUUCCUGGUACCCAUUGAGAGCAUUGAGCGGGCCUCAGGGCUGCUCUUUGUGCCAAACAUCCUGGCACGAGCAGGAAACCUUAAGGCCAUUACCGCUGGCAGCAAGUGAGGGCAGCAGCCUAGAGACUCGGGGCCUAGGGCCUGGAUUGCAUUAAAGAAGGUUAUUUUUGGAGAGAAGUCUUGGCUGUGGCUGUCCUGAUGGCCUGCAGCAGCCCCGUCUCACGGCUGCUUCACCCAUAUCCGACACUCAUGGGAACCUUUAGGUGGUCUGAGUGCCUGCCUGGGUGAGGCUGGGCUGCAGGGCUGCCAGAGAGAUGAGUAUGGCUUCCUGGAAGUGAAGAGAAUGCGAGACUGGGGCCGGGGAGGCAGGUGGGUGCCAGCUCCUACCUGACCACCCAGGCCCCGCCCCAUGAGCUCACUGCUCUUAGUGGGCCCUGGGAGGUUAAGGGCCAGCCAGGUUCAUCCUGAGAUCUGCCCUGUGGCAGGCAGCAUUCCCUGCUCUUGUGUACUCUCUAAAUUGGGCAUGACAGUACUAAUGCCAGCCUCCCUGGGCUGGGGAAGUGAUGCCAUGGGCAGAGUUCUCCACCUUCCCUGAAUGGGUGUCAGGGGUGGGGUCAGGUUUCUGCUGUGGGUAUGGCUGGCAGGCUCAAGCACUUGGGCCGGGCGGGCCUCAGGGACAGGGAGACCAGGGCUGUCUAUCUGUGAAGCUACCACCCCACUGAGACUGAUAGGCAGUAUAGCCUCUGUCACGAGGACAGCAUUCUGUGCGAGAGGUGAGCGCACUGAGGCUUUCAGCUCUAAUGGCACAAUGCUUCCUAACGGACAGGAUGCAGGUGACACCUGAAGGGACAGCAGCCAUACCCACUGAAGUCACUGGAGAGGAGGUGGCAGAGCUGGAGCCACUGAGGAACACUAAGUAUACAGUAAUGAAAACAGAAGCCCACACAGGGAUGCACAGGUUGCCUGGGGACCACUGGGAGCACAGGAGUAACACUGGCACCCAGGAUUCAGGACCCCUCCUGCACUGCACUCAUCUCCCCGCCACAGUUUGUGAUAGUGAGGGGUGAGGAGUCCCUUUCCAGUGAAGGCACAUUGGCCAGGAUGGGCUACCAGGCCAGCUGCUAACUACCAUGGACAGAUCUGAGGCCCCAGCUGGUGGGUGGAGGUCAACACAGGUGGGCUCACCUCAGUGCGAAUGGUGCGGCUGCCCUGGUUGGGGCAUGUGUUGACAUACAGGUCGAAGAGAACACUGGGUUCGGUCACCUCCAGGUUGGGGUCAGCAUCCACUCCAGCUUCUAGCCCUUGGAGGCCCCCAAACACUACUACUGCAUGCCUGUCACCCAGAGGGGAAAUCAGUAACUAUUCACCAAGGCCCCACGGAACACAGUCCCAGAGUACAGCAGGGGCCCAGCCUAGGCAGCUGGGCCCCACCAGGCAGGUACCUGCCUCUUUCUCCUCCCCUGGCCUCUGUCCCCUGUCCCCUGCCACAGGCAGCACCCACCUGAAGCUGGGCAGCUGGGCAGAGGCCACAUCUGAGCCACGCUCUGACGUCCCAAUGGUCAGGUCAUACCCGUCCUGGAAGGGCGCCUCAGAAAACACAGCACCUGGGGGUGAGGCCAACUCAGUGGGAGUCCUGCUCUUGGCUGUGUGUUCAUUACAUUGAAGGGGUAGGGUGGAGCUGGGGCUCAGGUAAGGGGGCCCUCCACUACUCUUGAGAAGUCAGAACUGGGCACAGUGGAGACCAAGCCUGCAAUUAGUUGGGGAAAAAACAAGGUGGGCAGGAAGCAGCUCUAAGAACAUGGAGAACUUUGAUCCUAUUGUCCCUAUCCAAGACAUCAUCAGUCAACUCUGAUACUCUUCCUCAGAAGUCCUCAAGAACAUUCUAGGCAGUGCAUUCAAGGAGACCAGGCUAACAGAAAAGAUAGUUGCUCAGGACACACACAGUAUGGUAGGGCAAGGACUGUGUUUUGACUUGUGGGUCAAGGAAGGCUCUCUGCCACCUCCCAGACAGAGGGCUGGCUGGACAUUCAGAGAGAGAGAAGCUCUGUCCUUACUGAGGCAGGAGGCUAGCCGGACUGUGUACCCCCAGUAGAGACCGGCUUUGGUGCGAGGGUCCUGUGAUGACACAACUGUUCCCCGGUAGGUCUUACAUUCUGGAAGGGAAAUAGAGAAGCUGUGAUGAUGAGCCAAGGGGAAGGGAGGUAGAGGGAAAUUUGGAGACGUGGGUUAGGUGGGGCUGGCUAGACCACCAUAAAAGUUAAGGAAGCUUCCAGAUACCUGGGAGCUGCUUCUGGUUCAGUCUCACAGUCACUCGAAGCCCAGGCUCCAGGUUCUUGUCAAUCUUCACCUCCUGAGGAGAGGCCAGAAGAAAUGGAUGCUGUUUCCCACCACAACCAGUAGGAGGCAUUGCCCUCUGAGACCCUGCUGGGGGAACGGCAGGGCUGGUAUGGGACCCAAGGGGUUCAGGUCAACUUACAAUCCUCCUGCUUUGGAAUGGGCUAGACCUGUUUAUAGUACUAUCACAAGAUACUGGUCAGAAAUGAAGGCUGGGGGCUUAGCGCACAUAGGAAGUUUUCCCCAAUAGAUGAAAUCCCAGUUUUCCACAUUUUGAUCAUUUUGCUAAUUACUGGCUAUAGUAAUUUGAGCAGGUCACUUAGCCCCUGAACUCAGUUUCCACAUCUGUCAAACUGAAAACCCUUCCACAAACAACAGCUAUUCUUAAACUUCUCAAACCCUGGCAUGAAGUAAAUGGCUAAACAUUA